AUGGCGUGUCCACCGCACGCGAUCGUCAUCCCCUACCCGGCACAGGGCCACGUCAUCCCGCUCAUGGAGGUCGCGCACGCGCUGGCCGACAGGGGCUUCAACGUCACCUUCGUCAACACCGAGUUCAACCACGCCCGUGUCGUCGCCUCCAUGUCGAACGGCGCCGGCAGCGGCCUGGGCCGGAUCCGGCUCGUGGCGGUGCCGGAUGGCAUGGCCCCCGGGGAGGACCGGAACCAGCUGGUGAAGUUGACCAUACUCAUGGCGGAGUUCAUGGCGCCGCGGGUGGAGGAGCUCAUUCUCCGGAGCGGCGAGGCAGCGGUGCUGGACGGCGCGUGCCCGGGCAAGAUCACCUGCAUGGUCACGGACUACAACGUCGGGUAUUGGGCGGUGGACAUUGCUCGGAGGACCGGGAUCCGGGUGGGGGCCGUUUGGCCGGCGUCAGCCGCCGUCAUGGUCACCUUGCUGAGCUUUCCUAAGCUGAUUGAGGACAACAUCAUCGAUGCGGAAGAUGGGUCUACAGUGGGUGAAGGAACAUUCCAGCUGAGCCCCGACAUGCCUCUCAUGCACAGCGCCCACCUCGCAUGGAACUGCAUCGGCGACCACGACCAGCAGGCGACCCUCUACCGGCUCCUUUGUGACGGCGUCCGCGCAAUGGAGCAGUGCGACUUCGUCAUCUGCAACUCCUUCCAGGACGCGGAGCCGGCAUCUUUCAAACUCUUCCCCAACGUCCUCCCCGUUGGCCCGCUCCUCACCGGCGAGCGCAGCGGCAAGGCCGUCGGCCACUUCUGGCAGCCGGAGGACGACGAGUGCAUGUCCUGGCUCGACGCGCAGCCAGAGAGAUCCGUAGUGUACGUGGCCUUCGGCAGCUUCACCAUGUUUAACCGGCGCCAGUUCGAGGAGCUCGCGUUGGGGCUGGAGCUCUCCGGCAGGCCAUUCCUGUGGGUCGUGCGCCCGGACAUUGGGCACGGCGCAGUGCACGACUACCCGGAAGGCUACCUGGACCGGGUGUGCGGCCCCGGUGGCCAGGGCAAGCUCGUCUCCUGGUCGCCGCAGCAGCGCGUGCUGGCGCACCCCGCGGUGGCGUGCUUCGUGUCGCACUGCGGGUGGAACUCCACCAUGGAGGGCGUUCGGAACGGCGUGCCGUUCCUCGCCUGGCCCUACUUCGCCGACCAGUUCGUCAACCAGGUGUACAUCUCCGAUGUGUGGAAGGUCGGCCUCAAGGCCGUCGCCAACGAGUCGGGAGUCAUAACCAAGGAGCACAUCGCCGGCAGGGUGGAGGAGCUGAUGGGGGACCCCGGCAUGAGGGAGAGGGUGGAGGCCAUGAAGAAGGGCGCACACGAGAGCAUUCAGGAAGGUGGCUCCUCGCAUGGAAACUUCGAUGCUUUUGCGGAGGCCAUGAAGAAUGCAGCGCCUGAGAGUGUUCAGGACGGGGGCUCCUCACAUGGAAACUUCCACUCUCUUGCGGAGGGUAUGAAGGCAUGA